UGGGUAGGCUUUCAGCCUGCUGUGUAUUCUGCAGAGAGUGAAAAUGGUUAGUCGAGUUGAGCAUCCAGCUGGAGGCUAUAAGAAGGUCUUUGAGACAUGUGAGGAACUGGCUGAACCAAUACCAGCACUGGUUACAGGCACGAUCCCCUCCUGGUUGACUGGGAGCCUGCUGAGACUGGGCCCUGGGCUCUUCGAGGUGGGAAGUGAGCCCUUUUAUCACCUGUUUGAUGGGCAGGCCCUCAUGCACAAGUUUGACCUGAAGGAUGGACAUGUCACCUACUAUCGCAAGUUUGUCAGGACCGAUGCUUACGUGCGAGCUAUGACUGAGAAACGGGUCGUCAUCACUGAGUUCGGGACCGCUGCCUACCCAGACCCUUGCAAAAACAUAUUUUCCAGAUUCUUCACAUACUUCCAAGGCAUUGAAAUCACUGACAACUGCCUUGUGAAUGUCUAUCCUGUUGGUGAAGACUUCUAUGCUUGCACUGAAACCAACUACAUCACAAAAGUUGACCCAGACACACUGGAAACCCUUAAAAAGGUGGAUCUGUGCAAAUAUGUGUCAGUCAAUGGUGUAACAGCCCACCCCCAUAUAGAGAAAGAUGGAACCAUCUACAACAUUGGAAACUGUUUUGGAAAGAACAUGUCACUGGCGUACAAUAUGGUCAAAAUUCCUCCCACCCAAGCAGACAAAUCAGAUCCUAUCGAGAGGGCUGAAGUGGUUGUGCAAUUCCCUAGCAGUGAAAGGUUCAAGCCAUCUUAUGUUCACAGCUUUGGGAUGUCGGAGAACUUCUUUGUGUUUGUGGAGACGCCUGUGAAGAUUAACCUUCUGAAAUUCCUAAGCGCCUGGAGCAUCCGUGGAACCAAUUACAUGGAUUGCUUUGAGUCUAACGAAACAAUGGGUACCUGGUUCCACGUGGCCACUAAGAAUCCUGGUGAAUACAAGGACCACAAGUUCCGAACUUCAGCGUUCAAUACCUUCCACCACAUCAACACCUAUGAAGAUCAAGGCUUCAUUGUUGUUGAUUUAUGCACCUGGAAAGGGCAUGAGUUUGUGUAUAACUACCUCUACCUGGCCAACCUGCGACAGAACUGGGAGGAGGUCAAGAAGGAGGCCAUGAAGGCUCCUCAGCCUGAAGUGCGAAGAUAUGUUCUUCCCAUUGAUGUGCACAGGGAGGAACAGGGCAAGAACCUAAUCUCUCUGCCUUACACUACAGCCACUGCUGUCAUGCGCACUGAUGGAACCAUUUGGCUAGAACCAGAGGUCCUGUUCUCUGCACCCCGUCAAGCCUUCGAGUUCCCCCAGAUAAACUACGGUGCCCACGGUGGGAGAGACUACACCUAUGCCUAUGCCCUCGGCCUGAACCAUUUCAUCCCAGACAGGAUCUGCAAGCUGAACGUCAAAUCCAAGGAGACCUGGGUAUGGCAGGAGCCAGACUCUUACCCCUCGGAGCCUCUCUUCGUGCCGUCUCCCGAGGCCGUGGAAGAGGACGACGGUGUGCUGCUGAGCAUCGUGGUGAACCCCGGAGAGGGCCAGAGGCCGGCCUACCUCCUCAUCCUGGACGCCAGGGACCUGACGGAGAUCGCCCGCGCUUCUGUGGAGGUCAUCAUCCCCGUCACCUUCCAUGGGAUGUACAAGCCCUGAGGGACAGUUGAGUUCAGAGCGCUGGGCAACAGGCUGUCACACACAGCACGGGAGCUGCCAGUACACAGCCCAAGGGAGGACAGUUAAGUGGAUCUCACACCCAAGUACCAACAUCUAUGCCACAUGGCAGGGGUCUGUUGUUUUACAUUUUGCUGUCAGGAUAUCAUUUGGAAAUAAGAACCGAUCAUAUGACUCUCAGGAUUUCACUGAGUCUGUUCACACACAAAACAUUUUCGACCGACCCAAGACACUUUCAAAUAUGCCUGGAUUAAAAUUUAGGAGGAGAUCAUCGACAUGGUUUGUGGAGAUAUUUGCCCAUGCUGCAACAAUUCCUGAACUGAUUGGAAUAUCUUAACAUCAAUAAUGUAUUAAUAUUUGGUGUAAUUUUUUAUAACCCAAGGUAAAAGGAUUUAAAUGUGCCCUGUUUACAACACCUCUGUAUUUGUCUGAUGUGAUGGCUUCAGAUUUCUGCAGUUUUAUUCUGCAAUGAUCUUCCUAUAUUGUCAUUAGAGUGAGUUUACAGAGGACACACAGACAUGAACCAGAGUCACAGUAAGAUAUCAUCACUGCUGAGUUGAAUCUGUUUAUCUGCUACUGUAUAUGGAGCAUUAUUAAACUAACCAUGUAGUUAAAUGUAUAUAUGGAUUUUAAAUAUAUCAACUAUUACUACCUAUUAAUAGUCCUAAUCCAUUCUGUUUCUUGUAUUGUAAUAAAAUGUU